AUGAGUGUGGAGGCUUUGGGGAGCCCAGUGAUGGAACCAGCUGCACUCUCCAAACGGAACCCGGCGCUGAGAUUAGUUGACUUGGCAGGGGCUCAUCAUCACCUUCACCACCAUCAUCACCACCAUCCCCCACAGAGCGUCACAGGCUUCCCGGGGUUCGCCGGUCACCCCCACUCAAUGGCUCCCUCGCACCCUGGGGAGUACGCUGCUGAAUCCCGCCUAGGGCCGAGUCCAUUCCGAGCCGAACACAUGGGGCACCACCAUCAUCCCUCGGCCCUCAAACUCAGCCCUGCCCAUCAUCCUCAUCCCCACCACCGACACCAACAUCAUCAUCAUCACCACCACCACCACCACCACCAUCCUUCUCCUCCUCCUCCUCCUCCUCCUCCUCCACCUCCUCCACCACCUCAUUCUAUGCCAGGAGGCCACGCUGAGGUGGUCGGUAGUCCAACCGGACCGUUUGGCCCAGUGCCUUCGACAGCUAUCCCUUACCCUGUCUCCCACCCCGCUCAGGCGCUUACAGCAGGUAGCUAUUCUGGACACCAUGGCCACCACCACCCCGAAGCUGGGCAUCACUCUCUUUUCUCUGGACUUCAUGAGCCGCCUCCCCAGGCCUCCCCAGGUGGCCAUCUGAACGGACAGAUAAGACUGGGGCUACCUGGAGACAUGUACGCCAGGUCCGAGCAUUUCACUCAAGUGCCCGCCUCCAGGACAGAUCCUUUCGCUGCAGCUUCUCUGCAUAACUACGGGGCCAUGAACCUGAACGUGAACCUAGCUCCCCACCACGGCCCCGGAGCCUUCUUUCGCUAUAUGCGGCAGCCCAUCAAGCAGGAGCUCAUCUGUAAGUGGAUCGAGGUGGAGCAAGCGCCCAAAAGACUUUGCAACAAAACUUUCAGCACCAUGCACGAGUUGGUAACUCAUGUCACGGUGGAGCACGUUGGCGGCCCGGAGCAGUCCAAUCACAUCUGCUUCUGGGAAGAGUGUCCGAGAGAGGGGAAACCUUUCAAAGCCAAAUACAAACUUGUAAAUCACAUCCGAGUGCACACGGGGGAAAAGCCCUUCCCCUGUCCUUUCCCGGGGUGUGGGAAAGUGUUUGCUAGAUCAGAAAAUCUCAAAAUACACAAAAGAACUCACACAGGAGAAAAACCAUUCAAAUGUGAAUUUGAAGGCUGUGACAGACGAUUCGCGAACAGCAGCGACAGGAAGAAACACUCUCACGUGCACACCAGCGACAAGCCGUACAACUGCAAAGUGAGAGGCUGUGACAAAUCCUACACGCACCCCAGCUCCUUGAGGAAACACAUGAAAGUGCACUGCAAGUCUCCUCCUCCGAGCUCGGGUUACGACUCCUCCACCCCUUCCCUGGUGUCACCCUCCUCGGACUCCGGGCGGGACCCCCCAGGCUCGGCUGCAGCCCCCGCGGAGCCGGGCGCCUCGUCGCGGGCGGCGAACCUGAGCGAAUGAUGUCCACCGCGUUGCUCUCAAGGUAAUCUAGACAGACGCAGCUGAAAGCUUGAAUCUUAUGCCUUAGACAUCAAAGGGAGAUCGCACAAAGAAGUAUUUCUCCGCAACGGUGAAUCUUCAUGGUAAGUUAGGAUUUCUAUGGCAAUAGGCAAGUCAUACUUAAAUACUGAAAGGCGAAGUCUGGAGCCCGUCCAGUCUUUUCAUUAAGGACAUAAUAUUUACGUCUAACAGGCCUUUUUUCUUGUGUAUACAAGUAUAUAUUUUUGUUUGACGCGAACUAAAUCAUUUUCAUUUAAUUUCCGGUAAACAAAAACCACGCGAAUGGGCACUUGUUCCAGAUCAUAAUAAAAAUGGAUAAUAAUGUCAGGAAGAAAAGGGCCGCCUGAAUUGACGCGUCAGUUCCCCUUUGUCUCUGCAUUCUGCCGUGAUCAGAGAAUGCAUUUGGAUUUGAUGGCGAGUUUCUAAAGGCAAGGAAAUGGUUUUUAAGGGGGAAAGAAAAGGAGAAAGGUCUAAUCAAGCUCGGGUUGUUCAAAGAGUCUGAUUUUGGGGUUGAAAGUGUGAGUUUUAUGGUGCAUCUACAUGGCACGUUAG